AUGGCACUGACUACACGUAGCGAUAGAGGCAAUCAAGAAAGCAAUUCUGCUUGGUUCCCCGAGAGGAAAGACCCUGGCUUCAUUCAAAAAUUUUGCUGUAAAGUCAUCAAGGCCGGUGAGAUACCCAAACAUGUCGCCUUUAUCAUGGAUGGAAAUAGAAGAUAUGCAUUGAAAAUGAACUACUCGAGGAUUAUUGGUCAUUCCAUGGGAUUCGAUAAAUUAGCAGAGACAUUGGAAUGGUGCUUAGAUUUAGGCAUCAAAGAAGUGACAGUAUACGCUUUCAGCAUUGAAAACUUUAAACGUUCCAAGAAGGAAGUGGAAGAUUUAAUGAAAUUAGCCAAAGGAAAAUUCGACAGAUUGUUACUGGAAAGAGAUAAAAUCGACAAGCAUGGUAUUUGUAUUAGAAUCUUUGGCGAUAUUAGUUUGCUACCUCCAGAUGUCCAAGUUGCUGUUGCCAACACAGUUAAAAUAUCUCGGCAUAAUAACAGGGCGUUCUUAAAUGUAUGCUUAGCUUAUACUGCCAGAAAUGAGAUGACAAAUGCUAUGAAGGAAUUAGCGAUAGGAGUCGAAAAUCAAAUGUUACGACCUAGCGAUAUUUGCGAAGAUCUUUUGGAAAAAUGCAUGUAUACUGGCGAAGCUACCCAACCAGAUCUAAUCAUUAGGACAUCUGGAGAAGUGCGAUUAAGUGAUUUCUUACUGUGGCAAAGUGCCUAUUCAUGCUUGACCUUUCUUGAUGUAUAUUGGCCCGAAUUUACGAUUUGGAAUUUUUUAUGGUGUAUUAUACGAUUUCAAUUAAGUUACCAAAAGAUUAAGGACGGCAAACAAUAUAACAAUCAAAUGAAGGAACAUUUACAACAUGUAUCAGACAAGGAGAAUGCCUUAAAAGAAGCUUGUAUGGCGGGAGAAGUAAAUACGAACAUGGAUGAUAUCAUCAAGCGAUAUAGGCAAGAACGUGAGAAGCGAGUUAAUAAAUUCAUAAAUUAUUUGCACAAUAAAAGAUUGGAAUUUGUGAAUGCAUUAAGCAAUCUUGAUUAG